UAUAAAACAUCCCUCCACGCUGACACUCUCAGAUGUGCAAACACCUCGGCUCCUCCAAACCUCGCAGCAGAAACCUCCCCAGUAGGAACACUUCAGGCAGUUUUUCUUUUUAAUGCCAGACACCUGACCCCCUCGAAAGAGCCCGAGAAGAUUGAUCUCCCCUCUCCAGCCUCAAGACCGCCUCUCCUCACUCCAGGUUCCUCCUCCAAGUUGGGGCGGCUGGUCCCGGCCUCGUCCAGAGGAAGCUUUUUCUUUUCCUUUGUGCUGCUGAAGAAGAAGAUCCAGGGCAGUUUGACAUGAAGACCACACGCCUGCGGGCGGCCGCUCUGCUGCUGGCAGCCGUCUCUCUGGUUGCCAGUGCCGACUCACCGAGUCCAGGAAAUCCAGACUUGAGAGGGAGCUCAAAAUCCAAAGUGAAGACCUACUGGACUGAAAGCAGCAAAGCGGUCUCCAUCAGCCGCCUGCUGUCUCAGACCCUCUACAGCAAAGAGAACUUCACCUCUCUGGACCUGAACUACGACGGGGCGGACUCCUUCUCCAAACCGGAGCAGUGGAACUGGCUCUACAACGCGUCCAACUCCCGCGACCCUCGAUCCAGGACCAAGAGGAGGCCCAUCGUCAAGACCGGCAAGUUCAAGAAGAUGUUCGGUUGGGGCGACUUCCAUUCCAAUAUCAAGACGGUGAAGCUGAACCUCCUCAUCACGGGUAAGAUUGUGGAUCACGGCAACGGGACCUUCAGCGUCUACUUCCGCCACAACUCCACCGGUCAGGGCAACGUGUCCGUGGGGCUCGUUCCACCCACCAAGGCCGUGGAGUUCCAGGUCCGCCAGCAGCACCAGCAAUACCAAAACCACCACAAGCAGCAGCAGACGGCUCUGGAGACCAAGGACAACAAGCUGUUCAACUGCAGGGUGGAGUACGAGAAGGUGGAGAAGGGCACCAGGAACUCGCUGUGCGCCCACGACCCGUCGCAGAGCUGCUCGCAGGAGCAGACCCAGAGCCACGUGUCCUGGCUGUGCUCCAAGCCCUUUAAGGUCAUCUGCAUCUUCAUCACCUUCUACAGCACCGACUACAAGCUGGUGCAGAAGGUGUGUCCAGAUUACAACUACCACAGCGACACCCCCUACCUGCCCACGGGGUGAUCACGUGACCAGGACGAGGACAAAAGUUAGAUAAAACAACGCAAACAAAAAAAAGAAGAGGUCAAAAUAAAUUUAAAAAAAGAUUUAAAAAGAGGCCUGCUGUCGGGUCUUUAACGACGUCAGAUUAUUUGAAUAAAAAAUGGAUUCAACACACUUCAAACUGGAGGCGUUGACAGGCAUCACUCCAGACUGACAUUGCUCCAAUGAACAGACCCACCUGAGGUCAUAACGGGAGCAUUUAGGGAGGCAUUUGUAGGUUUGCAAUACUCAUAUUAUAUGCAUAGCAGCUUACAUGGAAAGGAACUUCUCAAGCCAACCGUAAAAAUAUGCUGAUUGUAUUUAUGUAAAUAUUGUGGGUUCCACACAAAGACCAGAAAACAAUUUUAUUAAUGUUUCCUUCUGCUAAUUUAGUUGUUUAUUCGAAUAGUGUAUUUCCGCCACAAUCCUGCUUUCUGUCUUUUCCAAUCAGUUGCUGGUAAUCAUUGCAAACACGUAAAUGUCAAUGCAAAUACAAAGAACCUGUCAGUAUGCAGUAGAGGGCAUAAUGGAAAAAGAAAAUAUAUUUUGAGUGGUGUUGUUUUUCUGCAGUGUGAUUGUUAGCGUGAAUUUACCUCUCUGAUAUUGUUGUGGGAAUCUCGCCCGUGUCCGUGCAUGAACAGAAUGUGGCAAACAACUGAACAACGUCCAUCUAUAUUUUCAUGUUACUGCAGCUGUCAGAAAUAAUCUUCAUCAAGCGGCGACGGAGAAAAAAAAAGAAAAAGAAAAAAAAAUUACUUUGAUUUCAAUUCUGUGAUACCUCGUAGCGGUUUUAAGGCCGCGCUCGAUGACACCGAUGACACCACUGGAGGGGUGGGGGGGGCAAGCAGAUCAAACGUGCAAGUAAAUGUUGCAAUGAAUAAAGAAAACUUGCAGAAAUCACACAAGAUAACAGAGAUGCAGACGACUCAUUUCUUCACUGCCACUUAAAAGAUGAACUGUGCUCCUUGCUUCUCAGUCCGGCGUCUCCUUUAUAAUCCAAUACGAUACAUUUUUCCCCCUGCAACAUUAACAAUACGAGCAGCCAAUAGUAAGAGGCGUCUGGGCCACACUGGCGUCCAGUAGGCACAAAUAGCUGCCGGUAGACCCUUUGUAUUAAGAGAAUGCUGGAUGAUGAGAAAAACAAGGUCAUAGGUGUUUUUGAAAAAAAAAGGAAGAAGCAGAAGACAUGAAAGUUCAUCAAACAAAUUGAAAGAGAACUGUGUUAAAAUGUGAUUUCUUGCCUCAGAGGAGAUCAAACAGCUGGUGCUAAUCACACAUUCUACCUAUCAAACGUUUGCACCAAAAAAAAAAAAAAC